CAACUCCUCGUUCACGUACUUUAGCUACCGCAAUUUCUUUGGUCGGUCGCUAACGUCAAGAUGAAGUACGUUCUGGUUUCUGGAGGUGUCAUCUCCGGUGUGGGCAAGGGCAUUAUUGCCUCCAGCACCGGUCUGCUCCUCAAGACCACUGGUCUCACGGUCACUAGCAUCAAGAUUGACCCCUACAUCAACAUCGAUGCGGGAACCAUGUCACCGACCGAGCACGGCGAGGUCUACGUGACGGACGACGGCGGCGAGAUGGAUCUCGAUCUCGGUAACUACGAGCGUUAUCUUCUGACCACGCUCUCCCGCGAUCACAACAUCACAACCGGCAAGAUCUACCAGCACGUCAUUGAGAGGGAGCGCAUCGGCCAUUAUCUCGGCAAAACCGUUCAGGUCGUUCCUCAUGUCACCAACGCCAUACAGGAUUGGAUUGAGCGGGUUGCCAAGAUCCCCGUUGACGAGUCCCGGGCCGAGCCGGAUGUGUGCAUUAUUGAGCUGGGUGGUACGGUGGGAGAUAUUGAGAGUGCUCCGUUCAUCCACGCUAUCAGUCAGCUCCAGAGGCGGGCCGGUAAGGGCAACUUUAUCCAGAUCCAUGUGUCAUAUGUGCCCGUUGUGCCGCCAGGACCCGGUGGCGAGCAAAAGACGAAGCCGACUCAAAGGGCCAUCAGUGAUGUUCGAAGCGCUGGCCUGAACCCAGACCUGAUUGCCUGCCGCUGCGAGCAGCCGUUGGAGGAGGGUACCAUCCAGAAGAUCGCCAAUAUGUGCUCCAUGGAGGCAAACCAGGUUAUCGCCGUCCAUAACGUGACGACAACGUACCACGUGCCGCUGCUUCUCGAAAAACAGAAGCUCAUCACCACGAUCACUGAUCUCCUCAACCUUCAGACUAUCCAACGCCCCCCCGACCGGCUCGAACGCGGCAACCGUAUGUGGAUGGACUGGGUCGACCUUGCUCGCGGCCAGGACUAUCUCCAUGAUACCGUGUCAAUCGCACUUGUUGGCAAAUACAUCUCACUCAAGGAUGCUUAUAUUAGCGUUUCUAAAGCGCUCGAGCACGCAGCUAUGUUCUGUCAUAAGAAGAUUGAGGUCGUUUGGGUGGACGCAGGGCAUCUCGAGGACGAGACUUUUGAGAACUCGCCGGCUGAGUUCCACAAGGCUUGGCAUGCUGUCUGCACGGCCGAUGGUGUGCUGGUUCCUGGUGCUUUCGGUACUCGGGCCACCACUGGAAUGAUCAAGGCUAUCACAUGGGCGCGCACCAAAAAGAAGCCCUUCUUGGGCGUUUGCCUUGGUAUGCAGCUCGCUGUCAUCGAAUUCGCCCGCAAUGUCGUUGGCAUUGAGGAUGUUGGUAGCGAGGAGCUCCACCCCCAGGCUAAGAACCACGCAAUUGUUUACAUGCCCGAGGUUGACAAGGACAAGCUCGGCGGUACCAUGCGCUUGGGCAAGCACCCAUGUAUUUUCCAGAAGGGCACUGAGUGGUCGCGACUACGGGCGCUUUAUGGACCCUCGACGUCGCAGAUCGAGGAGCGUCACCGUCACAGAUACGAGGUCAACCCAGACAUGGUUGACCAGCUCGAGAAGGCUGGGUUGUCUUUCAUUGGCAAGGACGUCAAGGGUGAGCGCAUGGAAAUCAUUGAGAUCCGUGACCACCCCUGGUUCGUGGGUGUGCAGUUCCACCCCGAAUACCUCAGUCGCGUACUGGGCCCGAGCAAGGCAUUCUUGGGUUUCUUUGCCGCCGCCGCCGGGUGUUUGGAAGAGGUCACGGAGGCCAUCAACCAGGGUCAGCGCAGCCUUGCGAGAUCAAAGCAAUAGAUUGAAACCCCAUGAGGGCCUGCUGGAGUUCAAGGAAGGGAAGGUUCAUAUAUAGAGAGCAAGAAAAAAAACUAAUGUACCUGGUGAGGAAUAGUCGACAUGUUUAAUGGUUUGGCCAGCUUCUGAUACGCGCCGCAAC